CGGUGGCUAAGUCUUUUUAUUAAUAUGGAUAAAGUAAGAAUCAAAUACGCUUUUCACUUUUCGUGUUGAAGUAACGAUAAAUGUUGAAGGUCAAUGCAACGUAAAAUUGUGGAAAAUGUUUAAAAAAAGUUUUAAUUUGCAAAAUUUUUUGUAAUCUUAUAUAUUGUUCUGCAGUACAACGUGUGCCAUAUGUAAAAAACUGGAAGAGAGAAGGUGAUUACAAAUCUCGAGACGAUCUUAUUAAUAAAAUAUAUUCGUAUUUGCAGAUUCACAUAGAAAAUAAGUAGGUAGAAUUGUUAUCACAUCAAUGUUCAUAUCAACAAUAUACUGUACAGUGUCCGAAAGAUGUCUGCUAAAUAAAUAAGACCAGAGAGCCAAAGCAGACUGUGCGUGCUAAAUUAUGUAUACUUUUUCUAUUCAUUACAAUAAGAAGUUCGUCUUAUUGUAAUUGGAGAAAAACAAUACAUAAUUCAGCACUCACGUUCUGUUUUGAAUCUCUUGCCUUAUUUAUUUAUUAUUGAUUUUUACCUUAGUAGCCUUGUUUUAUUAAGCUUUUAAUUAACUUUACUUAUGAAAGUCUUCAGGUAUGGCAUUAAUUAAGGCAAUCUAGAUAAUUAUUUAUUGCAUUCACUAAAAUCCUUCGUAAAUUAGGUUAAAGUGUAACAUUUCUUAUUCGGUAUUUAGAUUCUAUAUUUUUUUAAAUCGACUACUUUCUUAGAUCUCUCUUAGGAAUUUCUAGCACUUUCGUAAAAAAUUAGUUCUGUACUUAAGUCGAGAUAGCAUGCGAAGUUGACAGAAAGGCGAAGAAAAUUUCGCGUGCAAAAUAUUGAAACAUGUUCGACAAAAAAUUUAUGUUUCAGUCCUCAAUAUUUCUCCACUAAAGUUUCUUCGCUGCUUUCGACGAAGAAGAUCGCAAAAUGUAGCUCUCAUUGUUCUCGAUUUGAAGCAUAAUACUAGAACCGUCUUCAUUAUAUUAUGGCACGGACACUCGACGCGACAAGCGGGGGGGGUUUCGUUGACGGUCUUCAUUUUCGCGGGACGGCACAAAGGUGAUAAGUAGGACAUACGCUCCAGCAUCUUGGUAUUUCAUAGUGAACUCGCCACCGAGUCGGACCAUCCAUACAGAAGAGUCACCGUUACCUAUCUUUGUGUUCCCUGUUAAGCUCAUCUCGCGAAGACAGCUGCAAUACCACCCACUUAUAUCGUCGCUCAAGUCAUAUUUCAGCAAUAUGGCGCCAAAUUUAUUUGGUAAUUCAGCCACGUUAUUCCUCGAAGCUUCUCAGCAGAAUGUGUCACAAAACAAAUCGGUGGCAGAAAAAAUUGUGACGCAACAAUUGUCAACCCAAAAGAUACAAAACUCGCAGCCCAAGUACAAGUGGAAGAUCGUCUGGAGAAACGUGAUAGUUUUCGCCUACCUUCAUCUCGGUGCAGUUUAUGGAUUGUAUAUUUUAAUAACGGCUGCCAAAUUUUACACGAUUCUUUGGAGUGUAAUAGUCGUAUUGUUAGCGGGUUUCGGUGUUACAGCAGGUGCCCACAGAUUGUGGGCUCAUCGAGCUUAUAAAGCGAAAUGGCCGAUGAGAGUCAUUCUUAUGCUUCUACAGACCACAGCUUUUCAAAAUCACAUUUACGAGUGGGUAAGAGAUCACAGAGUGCACCAUAAAUACACGGAUACGGAUGCGGAUCCGCAUAAUGCAAACAGAGGUUUCUUCUUCUCGCACAUAGGCUGGCUGUUGCUCCGCAAGCAUCCGGAUGUUAUUAGCAAAGGAGCCAUGAUCGAUAUGAGCGAUCUCGAGCGUGAUCCCGUCGUCGUCUGGCAACGCAGGCUCUACAUUCUCUUGGUGCCUAUUUUCUGCUUUGUGCUCCCUACGUACAUACCGAUCCACUAUUGGAACGAGAAACCCAUGUACGCGUGGUACGCCGCCGUUUUCAAAUACACAUUGCAGCUGAACAUAACUUGGUUGGUAAAUUCCGCGGCCCACAUUUGGGGCAUGAAACCAUACGACAACACCAUUAGCCCCACCGACAGCCUAACCGUCGGUAUCCCAGCUUUCGGCGAGGGCUGGCACAAUUACCACCAUGUCUUCCCAUGGGAUUACAAGGCCGCCGAAUUGGGCAACUAUCGCACAAACUUAACCUGCGGCUUCAUCGACUUCUUCGCCUGGCUCGGCUGGGCGUACGAUCUGAGGACCGUGAAUCACAACCUGAUAAAGAAGCGCGCGGCCCGAACAGGCGACGGUUCGUUAUAUGAGCGAACGGAUGAUCGUAAUAGCGAACAUCAUCACACGCAAGAUAAAAUUAUAUGGGGAUGGGAUGAUGCCGAUAUGUCACUCGAGGAUAAGCAGACGGCCGAGAUCCUCAAUAAGAACGACUGAGGCACCGGGGUUCAGUUUGCCCAAAAUUUUGUACGUGGCAUUACAGUGUCACGUCGGAAUUACGUAGAACGUGUCGUCCGACAAACUCCGUUUGAGUUUACGAUGAUAUUGUAUGAUAACUUCAUAAUGAAUUCAGUGAUGAGGGUUUAAUAUAUUUAUUAACAUCGUUGUAUAUCAUGUGAGGUAUCGUAAUUACCUCUUAUAGGUGUGUAGUACUGAUGGCAGUUGGGCACGUUUGGAGAGCUCAUUGUCAAAGCUAAUUCAGUGAGUCUAUACUAUACUGGAAGACCUACUGCCCUCUUGAAGAAGAUGGACAGGCAGAGGCAGACAAAUGGUUCUCAUUUCUAUCUCUUUCUGAUAGUAGAGUAAUUAUAAUUGACGAAAGAAAAAUGCCACUUAUAGUCGCCAGUGGUGGUUAAAAAUUAAAAAAGUGAGCUCAUUGCCAACCCAACUGGCAAAUUUUAUUUAAUUCGUUGCAACAUUUCGACUUUACUUCAGGUCCUUGUCAAGUAACAAUACAAAUAAGAAAACGAGAAAAUUUCGCAGACAAGCGAGCCAUCGUCGUCCGUGAGAUAGAGUCAAAGAAUGAAAAUAAUAAGCGCAUCCGAACAUCACGGAGUCAUUAAUUCUAAUUAGUCAAUAAGUGAGAUAGAAACCGAUUUUUAUCUCAUCUUAAUAAGUGAGAUAGAAAUCGUGACAUAGGGAAAAAAUCGUUGACCAAUUAGAAUUACUAGAAAGGGAAUGGGAACCAUUUGUUUCACUCUACCUUUUUCAAGAGGG